AUGGGGCUCGCAACGGUGCGGAAUCCCAAGUCCGCCAUCUUGUUGCGCAACUAUAAGCUAGAGGACGAUUCUGCUGAAUAUAAGAUAUCGGAGGCCAGGGAGUCUGCUGGAGCCAGGAUUGCCAAAUGGAGGCGCACACUGUACCUGGGCUCGACCACCUCGUUCGCGGUUCUGCUCGUCAACCUGGCCAUGGUUCUGUGGGCGAGUAUCCGGCAUUCAGAGCAUGGACAGAGCGUUCUUCUGUAUUCAGAAGACUGCGACCGUGUCAAAAAGCUCAGCACUGGUGUUCAUCUCUUGAUCAACAUUCUCAGCACGCUUCUGUUGGCUGCGAGUAACUUUGCUAUGCAAUGUGUCGGUUCGCCAACGAGGCAGGACGUGGAUCGCUCCCAUACACGGAACGAAUGGCUUGAUAUUGGAGUUCCCAGUGUACGCAAUCUAUUGAGGAUCCCAAGGAUACGCCUGUUCUUCUGGGUGUGCCUUGUGCUCUCGUCUGCGCCACUUCAUUUGCUUUAUAACUCCACUGUCUACUCGACCUUUUCGGUCAAUAUUCCAGAAAUAUACGUGGCGAACUCGAGCUUCACUUCCCUGACUACGAGCGAUAUUCCAACUGGAUACUAUGGGACGUUGCAGCGCAAUCCAUAUAGGUCCCAGAUGCUCAGGCUCGUGACAAAAUCCGAGAACCUGACGCACCUUGCACCACAAGAUUGUAUCUCCGCGUAUGCCACCGACUUUGUAUCCAAGUACAACAGCGUGGUCCUGAUCAGCCCGGGAUUCAACGGUUCGGCCUUACCCAUGGGGAGGAUAGAUACGCAGAUGGUGAAACGUCCCUCUGUUUACUCCCCGGAUCCGUCGUAUUCGUGGACAUGCAUAGAGGACAAAUACCGAAGCAACAUCCCCGACGAUGGCUGGUCAAAAUUGUGUUCUGUCGUUCACUCACGGGUUCGCUCACGGCAGGAUUGGAUUGUGCGAGGGUACAAGGUUGACUAUUGUCUAGCAGAGGAAACCCCAGAGAAGUGCUCGCUCGAGUACAGCUUGCCGCUUGCGAUCAUAGUGAUCAGCGCUAAUCUGACCAAGGCUAUACUGAUAUAUCUUAUAGCACGCCUCCUCCGAGGCGAUCCGCUGCUGACAGUCGGCGAUGCUGUAGCUUCUUUUCUCCGCUCUCCUGAUAGUUCGACAGCCGAAGCUUGUCUAUUGACGCGUCAGAUGGUAUCGUCAGAUACGAGAUCCGGUGCACAGGGGGAGAAGUAUUCCAUACUCGGAAAAGACCCGGUAUACGAGCCACAACCCUAUAUUGCGAAGCAAGAGCGGUGGUGGUCGUCUCUCUCUAGGGCUCGCUGGGCCAGCUUUUUCUCGGUGUACUUUAUCUCGCUAUCCGUCUCAGUCAGCUUCCUAGGGCUGGGGCUGGGUAAGAUGACAACGACCGAUGGUGUUUGGGACUCUGGCCUUGGAGCCGUGCAGCAAAAUACUAUGGUUAAUGAUCUGAAUUGGCCCGAAGAACUGGUUCCCAAUGUUCUUAUUGCGAAUAUCCCUCAACUUAUCUACUCGGUCCUCUAUGUCUUGUCUAACGGAAUCCUCACCAACAUGACCCUUGCAGGUGAAUGGGAUACUUUCUCUCAAGGUAGAAAGGGACUCCGUGUUUCCACUUCUCCCCAGGGUUACCAGCGCACAUCGCACUUCCUGUCUCUGCCAUAUCGUUACGGAUUGCCCCUUAUUACUUUGUCUGCUUUGAUACAUUGGCUUAUAUCACAGAGUAUAUUUCUGGUGAGCGCUAAUGCCUACGACGAGCCGACAAGGAGGUACCCUUAUUCCGAUAUCAUGGCACUUGGGUACUCGCCACUUGCAAUUCUCAUCACUCUUUGCGUCGGCAUUCUUCUGCCGGCCGCUUUGCUUUUGAUGGGCUGCAGGAGGUUUAAAUCAGGGAUGCCGAUUGCCGGGGGCUGCAGCCUUGCCAUCGCUGCAGCCUGCCAUCCGCGGGCCAAAACGGAGGAUGACGAAUUCGAUAUUGAAUACCGGCUUCUGCAAUGGGGUGUCGAGCCCUGUCAACCAGGCGCGAUUGGGCACUGCGCGUUUUCGGCCGCGGAUGUCACCACACCGGACGACGGAGUGGUAUACCAGUGA